CUCGGCGCCGUUGUGAGUGAGUGAAUGUGUUUAGUGUGCUUGUGCAUGCAUGUGUUGUGAGCAUUUAACGUCGCGUUUCGCUCUGUGUAUUGUUGGAAAAGAGACGUUUUUCGAUACACAAUUACACAUAUACAGCGCAAAAAGAGUUCUUUUUCUUUCACCAGUGCAAUUAUAGCACACAAAACAACCAGAAGCAGGAAUUUUGAACGAAGAGAAAAGUGUUCUACAACAAGAAGAAUAUUUUUAUAACCAAAUUGACCAUACAUUUUUCAGCUGCAAUUUCUGAACAAUGUCCCAUUUGUAUGAUCGAAGAAAUGAUGAUUCAAUCAAUGAUUCUGAUAUGUUUCACCCGGUUGGUAUGGAGCCGGACGGUGCCAUUGAGAGUAAUUGGAGUGAGAUUAUUGACAAUUUUGAUGACAUGAAUUUAAAGGAGGAACUUUUGCGAGGAAUUUAUGGAUACGGUUUUGAGCGGCCAUCGGCAAUUCAGCAGCGUGCUAUUAUGCCGUGUGUUCGUGGUCGCGAUGUUAUUGCUCAGGCACAGUCUGGAACGGGAAAAACGGCUACAUUCUCCAUUGCAAUUCUACAACAAAUUGACACAUCCAUUCUCGAUUGCCAAGCUUUGAUCUUGGCACCGACACGCGAACUCGCUACACAAAUCCAAAAAGUUGUGAUCGCACUCGGAGACUACAUGAACGCUGAAUGCUUGGCUUGCAUCGGCGGAACGAAUGUUCAAGAGGAUAUGCGUAAAUUAGACAUGGGAACGCAGCACAUCGUGGUUGGUACGCCAGGCCGUGUCUACGACAUGAUUAGUCGUAAAGUGCUUCGCACUAAAGCAAUCAAACUCUUCGUACUCGAUGAAGCCGACGAGAUGCUAUCGCGCGGUUUCAAAGAUCAGAUUUAUGAUGUUUUCAAGUUAUUACCUUCCGAUGUUCAAGUGAUUCUACUCUCAGCCACAAUGCCGAACGAUGUUCUUGAUGUGAGCAAAUAUUUUAUGCGCGAACCAGUUAGAAUUCUGGUGAAGAAGGAAGAGCUCACGUUGGAGGGCAUCAAACAAUUUUUCGUGAAUGUCGAACGAGAAGAUUGGAAAAUUGGAACUUUAUGUGAUUUAUACGAAACGCUGUCAAUUACACAGUCCGUAAUAUUCUGUAAUACCCGACGCAAAGUCGACUAUUUGACCGAAGAGAUGAGUGCAAACAGUUUCACUGUGUCGGCAUUGCACGGAGAUAUGGAUCAACGCGAACGUGAUUUAAUCAUGAAACAAUUCCGAAGCGGAUCGUCUCGGGUGUUGAUUACCACGGAUCUGCUGGCUCGCGGCAUUGACGUGCAACAAGUUUCAUUGGUCAUUAACUAUGACUUACCGUCGAAUCGUGAAAAUUAUAUUCAUAGAAUUGGACGUGGUGGUCGUUUUGGCCGCAAAGGAGUUGCAAUUAAUUUUGUGACUGAAAAGGAUAAGCGUACGCUACAAGACAUAGAGACCUUCUACAAUACUCGUAUCGAGGAAAUGCCAGCCAAUGUUGCCGAUCUGUUCUAAAAUUUGCACACACACACACACACACAUCACAUGCACGCACGCACGCAUUCAAUUUUGGACGUGCCCUUACUCAACCAGCCACUCUGAAUCAAAGAUAUUGAUCAAAUCUUUGCGAAAAGGCUUUGCAAACAAAACAAAAACACACACAAACAAACACAUUUAUUUGCUAAUCCAAUUUUCUUAAGAUCUUCAUCAAAACAAACAACAUAUAGCGACCACUCUGCGCUAACACCUUUUCAACGUUUAUACACAUUCACUACUCAAAAAUGCAACAAAAACACUUUUCUAAGCAAGUAACAAUGUAUUAUUAUUAUUAUUUUCGAUAUAUAUGAUAUUGUUUUAAUGAAGAAGAAAAAAAACACACAUUUGAUGUGGGCUAGAAUUUCAUUUUAUUUACACAACAAUCCUGUUAUUGAAAUACAUCUCUAUCUCUGUGUCUCGUUGAACAACGUGAACGAAACAACAACAAUAAAAUUAGAAAUGCAGUAGCAGCCAAAUACAAUGAUCAAUACGAAAAUUUGUAGCAACCAACAUUUAGAAUGAUAAGAUUUACUAACUUAAGUUACACAUUUGUCUGUAGGCUCCAAGCAGCAUUACAAAAACAAAUAAAACAACAUCUCUCAAUUAA